ACCACAUGAAUAAUUUGCACGCAAUCCCACUGAUUGCGGUAUAAGCACAUAUAUAUAUAUAGAGAGAGGUUUUACAGGGAAGGUUAUAUAAAAUUCCAAACGAAGAGAGAGAGGCUUAACAGUAUUUGAAAUGGCGGUGAGCAAACAGAACAUAUAAAUGCCUGGUGCGCAUUCACGUCACCCAAUAAACCCGGUUUUCAAGGCCAUGUCAUUCUCUACUCUCGUUGCUUCCUUUUUCUCGUAUACACGACGGAUACCCUUUGUUCGGUAGCUCCAGAAGCAGCACUCAGCUUUUUGUGUUCUUUCAAGGUCCUUCAGUUUUCUUCUAACCAGGUUUUUCGACUCUUCGGAUUCAUCUUCAAUUUUUUUUACAAGCCAGAGGUUCAGAAAUCAUCUUUGAUUUCAAGAUGAAGAAUCUUGGGAGAUUUACUCAUUACAUGCAGAAGAUUAUCACUGACAAUGUCCCUUUAUCAUUGCUUGAAAAAGGCCAAAAUCGUGUAAUAGAUGCUUCUCUUACUCUUAUUCGUGAAAGGGCUAGAUUAAAGGGGGAGCUUUUGCGUGCUUUGGGAGGUUGUGUAGCAUCAUCUUCACUUCUUGGAGUUCCAGUUGGACACAACUCAUCUUUCCUUCAAGGACCAGCAUUUGCUCCUCCUCGUAUUAGAGAAGCAAUCUGGUGUGGUAGCACGAACUCCACCACUGAAACUGGAAAAGAGUUGAAAGAUCCACGAGUAUUAACUGAUGUUGGUGAUGUUCCGGUUCAAGAAAUCCGUGAUUGUGGAGUUGACGAUGAUAGAUUGAUGAACACUAUAACUGACUCCGUGAAGUUGGUGAUGGAUGAAGCUCCGCUGCGCCCACUUGUAUUGGGUGGUGACCACUCAAUAUCAUUUCCAGUAGUAAGGGCUGUGGCAGAAAAACUUGGUGGGCCCGUAGAUGUUCUUCAUUUAGAUGCCCAUCCAGAUAUAUAUCAAUCUUUUGAAGGCAACAAAUAUUCUCAUGCUUCUUCAUUUGCAAGAAUUAUGGAGGGUGGCUAUGCUCGAAGGCUUCUGCAAGUAGGUCUUAGGUCAAUAACAAAAGAGGGGCAUGAGCAAGGGAAGAAGUUUGGUGUGGAGCAAUUCGAAAUGCAAACUUUCUCAAGAGAUCGUGAUCUGUUGGAGAAUUUGAAACUAGGUGAAGGUGCAAAGGGAGUGUAUAUUUCAAUAGAUGUGGAUUGUCUUGAUCCAGCAUUUGCCCCUGGUGUCUCUCACAUUGAGCCAGGGGGCCUCUCAUUCCGAGACGUCCUCAACAUUCUUCAUAACCUCCAAGGCGAUGUGGUUGCUGCCGAUGUUGUGGAGUUCAAUCCUCAACGUGACACUGUUGAUGGCAUGACCGCCAUGGUUGCCGCCAAGCUCGUUAGAGAACUAGCAGCAAAGAUGUCCAAAUGACACCCCCCACUACCCUCCGUACCGGCCCCACUAUAAUUGCCUGAAACCAUACCUAAAUCCUCAUAAGCAAUUCUUUUCUUCUCCAGUUUAUUGUGUACUUCUAGAAUAUCUUCUUCUACCAUCAGUGCGAUGCAUGUGCUUUUAUCUAGUACUUAGACAGGCACACACAUUCACCAAAGAUCUGAAAAUUAAUUGCUGAAGAACUUUCAUAAGGAUGAAGAAAAAGAGAACAUCCAUGAAUACAUUCGAAGUAUCAAUAAAUGAAUUCAGUAAUGGUCACUCUAAA